CACCUGCUUUCCGCCCGCUCUUCAUCGUCUCCCCUGUCUCACCUGCGUCUCCGGGCCUAUCUUCAUCUUCCAGCUUACUUGUCCGCCCUUUUACAUAGACGCCAUCACCGCUGCAGCGGGUUUAGGGGCAUAUCGAGCAACUUGGUCUUGGAAUUGGCAACAUGAUUGAAACCCUCUAGAGCACGGACAAAGCUCUGGAACAAGAGGCCGACCAUGGAGGGACUCUUCACUUUGCUCGCAUUGAGCAUUGUGAUGGCCAUUACAUCAUUUGUCGUGGGAUCACUACCGCUCGCUUUCACACUUUCCCCUUCUCAGCUGAGAUUAAUAUCCUCCCUUGGUAUGGGAGUUUUGGUUGGGACAUCUUUGAUCGUUAUAAUUCCGGAGGGAGUCGAAACUCUAUACAGCGCAAACUCGCUUAGCAACCGGAAAGAACUUAGCAGCCGAUCGACGACAGCCGUCAAUUGGCAACACCAGGCUGUGCCGGUGACCACUUUCCCAAGGGCAUUGGAAGAACCAGACUCCUCGGGCGUCCAGCUCACGCCUCGAUCGGUGCUAUCCGAUCUGCCAUCCGCACCUGUCACGGUACCUACAAUCCAUUCUACACAAGAUGAAAAGCUCGGACUACUGGGACGCAAGGACGAUACAUCGGACGAUCACGCAGACGAUGAUCACGAUGAAGAUAACUCGCCCCAUGCUUGGAUAGGUAUUGCACUCAUCAGUGGCUUUAUCCUAAUGUACCUGAUCGAUAAAUUGCCCGUUUUCGCAUCAUCCUCCAAACAGGAGCGAAUUCCCUAUCACAUAUCGCUAGAUAACUUGGGCUCUGGUCUGCGGCGCAAUUCGUCGCCGUCACGCGAGGGGGGCUUGCUUGAUGCCGGUAAUAUUCCCAGGAGAAGCCACAGCUUUGCAACGACAACUGGACUUGUCAUUCAUGCUGCCGCCGAUGGAAUUGCAUUGGGUGCAUCUAGCUCCGACACUGGGCUGAGCUUCAUCAUCUUCCUGGCCAUCAUGGUUCACAAGGCCCCAGCAUCAUUUGGCCUCACCUCGGUGCUACUGAAGCAGGGCCUUUCUAGUCGUACCGCUAGAGCGCAUCUAUUGAUUUUCAGUCUGGCUGCUCCUGUGGGUGCUCUCGUGACAUUCUUGUUUGUGCAAAUCAUGGGCUCGGGGUCAGGAGGUGAUGACGUCGGGAACCGCUGGCGAACCGGUGUACUCCUCUUGUUCUCUGCUGGCACAUUCCUAUACGUUGCCAUGCACACGAUGCAGGAAAACAGCCCGAACUCAUCUUCACGUGAGUCUCAGGUCAACGGAUACGGCGAUCAUAGAGAAGCACCAUCAGCAUCGGACAAGUCUAUGAGGGACCUGAUCGCUUCUGUUGUUGGCAUGGUUCUUCCACUGUUCCUACAGAUCGGCCAUGCCCACUAAAUUCUCUCGACAUCCAUUUCUGGAUUUACACCAUGUCUCUUCUCUUCCUUCUACCUCUAGCUCUCCUCGGCCAACGAGCUACAUACCGGUUCAAAAACGGACGGUUUCUGUCUGUAGACACCGUGAGGUUGUCUUGUGUAAUAGAUUUUGACAGUUGUUACUGGACGGAUUCCCAAGCUUGGGGAACUGCGGCGAUUUGUGUUAUAUUCCCUGUGGGGUUAUGCCUUUCUUGUUGUAUUGUCAUUGAGUCAGCGCCGCCACACGUCAUGGCCACGAUUUUGAAGCAUUUGCACGGUGCGGUUGAAUCCUUUACUUUGAUCAUAAUUGCAUGUGUCCU